AUGGAGCAAGAUGAAAUUAAAUCUGGCUGUUUAUUAUUUCCCCCCGCCGGAGGAAAUGUGUUCAUUAAAUUCCCUAAAAAGAAAAAUUGGCAACAAAAGCAUUGUAUACUUUUCAAUAAGAGUAUUCAAGGUAUUGAGCGACUUGAAAUCUAUGAUAAUAAAGAUGAUGUUACUUCAGGUGCUAUACCAAAAGUGCUGACACUUGAGAAUUGUAUAAAGAUUACUCAUUCUAGUCCAAAUACUAUAACUAUACUUACUAAGUCACAUACCCAACAAAUCAGUGCUCAAUCAGAGGCAGAAACCUUGGAAUGGGUGACUGCCCUUCAAUCUGUUGCCUUUAAGGGACGGGACUUGAGUCCGAUAGGCUGUGAUGAAGAUAAUGAUCUUUAUUGUUCCUCUGGUGAAGGUGUAUUCUCUGUAGUAAUGUGCACAUCUGAAGCUUCUACCAGAUGCGGCUUUGAACCUAUCAGAUAUCUCUUACUAUUGACUGCUACAGCAAUAGAACUAAGAGAUGUGAAUGACAAUAAACUAUUUGCAACAUGGCCAUAUAGAUAUAUAAGGAGAUAUGGAUACAGACAGGGUAAAUUUACAUUCGAGGCUGGCAGAAAAUGUGAUACUGGUGAAGGCAUAUUCCAUCUGGAACACACAAACCAAUCGGAAAUUUUCAAAUGUUUGUCUUUAAAAAUGAAAACUAUGAAACAAAUGAUUGGUAAUGACAAUCUUAAUAGCCCAGAGCACAGUGAAUUCAAUAUUCAGCCAAAUGCUAACCUAUUUCCUGGUUCUAGAAGCCCAUUGGUUGCAGCCAAACCUGAUGAUUUGAAUUUAAGUUCUCUAUCUUUUAAAACUGCUUCAGUAUCAAGUCAUCAAACUUGUAGUACAGAUAGGGAAUCCGUUCCAUUACUUAUGCCUAAACCAGCACUGAAGCCGAAACCACAGAAACCUCCUCGCAAAAUUAUAAAUAUGCAUAAAGGAAUUACUAAAGAUCUGACUUGCUCUACAGAUGAAAGUAUAGAUUUUGGUAGAUACAAGAAACUGGACAACUAUGAACCAAUUGAGCAAAUUAAACGGGAAAUUAGUCCUCCUUCGGUGCCAUAUGAUAAAAUUGAGUUAAGAAGUGAAGCUUGGAAGACAUUAGGUAUUGAUGACCCAGAUCAUACCGAAUUCACCCCAAAUUUAGUUGAUAAUCCAAAUUGUAUGAAGCUUAUAUCAAGAUCUCAGGACAAUUUGAACACUUCUGGACCAGAUUCUUCAAGAAUCAUUUUACUUCCUAGUCCGGUAGUUGACCCAGAGGAUGAAAACUAUGAUAGGCUGCAGUACUUUGGAUCAACAAGCAAAUUAAACAAAUCUUCAAGAUAUAAGAAGAUUGAAGCGAGACCAACAACUUUAGCUCUCGGUAAUAAAGAUACUUGGAAUGACUAUGACGAAGUUGAAAAUGUAAUGCAGACAGCAAGAUUGGCUGAUGAUUCUCACUUAGGUUACGGUAUGAUAAGAAAACCAAAUACUCCUGGACCACAAGUGCCAACCGCUGCUCAAGCCCAAGCAUUACAAAAUCAAGUUGGCCUAGAAGAAAUCAACCAUAAUAUUUGUAAUGGUACCGACUAUGCUAUUGUUAGUCGCCCUAAAAGAGUGUAA